AUGUGUACGAACCCGGACACGCCAGCGGAUCCUUCGGCCCUUGCCAUUGAUGAUGAGGGCGUGCACCAGCACGCGAGUCGGUCACCAGCUUCAUCAGUGCAGAGACACCAAGAGGUCAAAGAGACACCGCUUCCGAAACUCCAGCUUUUUCUUCUGUUGUACCUUCAACUUGCAGAACCGAUCACUUCCACCGUCAUAUACCCCUUCGUCAACCAGCUCGUGAGGGAGACGGGCAUCACGGGCGGUGACGAGCGGAAGACAGGUUACUUCGCGGGUCUCAUCGAGUCGUCGUUCUACGCCGUCGAGGCGAUCUGCGUUCUCCAAUGGGGGCGCGCGUCGGAUCGCAUGGGGCGCAAGCCCAUCCUGUUAGGCGGCCUCCCUGGAUUGACGCUGUCGAUGAUAGGCUUCGGGCUGUCGACAAAGUACUGGGCUCUCAUCCUAAGUCGUUGUGCUGAGGGCGCCCUGAAUGGGAACAUUGGUGUAACAAAAAGCAUGAUGGCGGAGAUCACGGACUCAACAAAUCGCGCUAGGGGUUUUGCCUAUAUGCCUAUGAUAUGGGCGUUAGGUAGCACGGUUGGCCCGAUCAUCGGCGGCGUGUUCUCAAGGCCAGCAGAUGGCUGGCCACCAUUCCGGCACGGCGCUUUUUGGAGAACGUACCCAUACUUCCUACCGUGCAUAGUCACGGCAUGCAUUUCGAUCAGCGCAUUUAUGCUUGCCCUGUUCGGGCUGAAGGAGACGCUCCCUCGCACCUUCCGCAACACAGGAUCCGAUACCGAACGAACCGCGACACUGUAUCGAGAUGCUCAGAGCCAACAAAGUGUCAGCGCUGCUGUCGUUUCCGAAGGGGACAACGUCAUCGAAGUAGUAAGAGUCGAGCCGCUGCCCAAUCUGGAGAAGAACGAUCUCCCCGAUACCGGGGUACUCGUCGACAAAGUUGACUCCGAAACGCCAGUCACCAUACGCACCAUACUCGUACCGCGUGUGCUUUGGCCGAUCAUCAACUAUGGCUUCCUCGCUCUUACCGACCAAUGCGUUGUCGUGCUCGUUCCCCUCAUGUACUCAACCAGUAUUCCCCUUGGCGGCCUGGGAUUCACUACCUUCACUAUCGGGCUCAUUCAGGGUGUUGCGGGCUUCGUGGGAGGCAUCGUGCAGGUCUUCAGCUUUCCUUGGAUGCAAAGGAAGCUCGGCUCAAAGUGGCUGUAUACCCUGUCGUAUUCCAUGUUUGUAGUGGUGUUCGCGCUCUUCCCACUCAUCAGCUUCCUGACGAAGCGAGAGGGGAAAGUCCGUAGUACGACGUGGGUGUUGGUGGUCCUGCAAUUUGUUGCAUACGUGAACACGUACAUGACCUGGGGAUGCAUAUUCAUGUAUAUAAGCGAUGGAGCGCCCAACCAGAGGGCACUCGGGUUGACCAAUGGAUUCGCUCAGACGACGGCUUCGACAGUUCGGGCUAUCGCGCCCGCAGCGUCAUCCUCCCUGUUUUCAGUCUCCCUGGAGCAGCAUCUGCUGGAGGCUGGCUCGUCUAUUGUGUAUUGUGCGUAAUCACAAUGGCUGGAAUUGUUGCCACUGGUCGCCUUCCCAAACAUCAGGCCAGACAAAGAAAAUGGCGCCGUUGGUACAACUCCGAGGUGUCCCUUGUUAAUCGAUGCUGCAGGCGACGACGCAUAUGUUUAUGGAGAGCUGUAAAU